AUGGCCGAUACAACACCUGAUUUGUCACAUACAGAUAGGCUAUCAGUAGUUGUAAGGUUCGUCAAUAAUGAAGGUACAGCAGAAGAAAGAUUAAUAGAAGUCCGUGAAUCCUUAAAUAAGACUGGCGUAGGAAUGGCAAAUAAUAUAUUAGACACUUUGCAAAAGAAUGAGUUGGAUCCUGAUAAUCUUGUUUUUCAGUCGUAUGAUUUUGCCAGCAGUAUGUCUGGAGUAUUUAAUGGCGCACAACAAAAAUUAACUGAAAUAUUAGGUAGAAAAAUACCUUACAUUCCAUGUCAGGCUCAUAGAAUAAACACAUUCAUUGAACAUGGAUGUGAAGCUAGUAUUAUUAUAUCCGAUAUGUUUUCAGUAAUGCAAGAACUAUGUAUUUUUUUCUUCGAGUACAAAACGAUAUUCACCAUUAUUGAACAAACUAGUUGA